AUGGCUGUGUGCGGCUGUGAGGGGAGAAGAGAAGAAAAAGGAGCGAAGAGGAAGAGGCAUCGACAGGUUGGGGGUGACGAAGAGGAGGGCUCGGUGAAGAUGAAGAGAUCGUCGGCGCAGAGAGGGGAUCAGGCAAGAGGAAAGUUGUGGAGGGGUAUUAUAACACCCCUCCUCCACUUUAACGCGUUCAAAGAAUUGAACGCGUUCAAAGACAAGAAGUCACUCGGCAGUUCUGAUGGCAUCCCUCCAGCACCGCACGACUUCUCACAAAUCGAAGUAAAAUUUGACACGGAUGCCAAUGGAAUCCUAUCUGUUACUGCCGUGGACAAGGGCACCGGAAAGAAACAAGACAUCAUCAUCACCGGGGCUAGUACUUUACCUAGCGACGAGGUAAGAUGGUGGAAAGAAGACAAGGAGAAGAGGGAUGCCAUUGACACAAAGCGGUGA